UGUUAAUAUACAGUAUGAUAUCAAAGCUACUGAAUGUUAUUUUCGAGUCGGUGAUAAUGUUCCAGUUAGCGUUCAUUCUGCGUCAGCCAGGUUUUUAUAUAUUUACAUACGUGAACAGGUGCGUCUCGAAAAACUUGAAUAUCGUGGAAAAGUCCCCUCCCCCCCCAAAUUAUUUAAUUCAAAAAGUGCGACUUUCAUGUAUUCUAGAUUCCUUACACAUAAAGUGAAAUAUUCCGAGCCUUUUUUUUUCCAGUUUGAGUCUCGAUGAUUACGGCGUACAGCGAAUGGAAAUCAAAAAUCCAGUAUCUCAAGAUAUUUGAAUAAAGAAUUUAUAAUACAGAAAUGUCGACCUGAUGAAAAGUGUGUUCAUUUACGCACUCGAUGCCCGGACGGGGAUUUAAUGCUUUUGUACGAAUUACUGCAUCAGUGCGGCGUGGCGUGGAGGCGAUCAGCGUGUGGCACUGCUGAGGUGUUCUGGAAGUCCGGGUCGCUUUGAUAGCGGUCUUCAGCUCGUCUGUAUCGUCGGGUCUGGUGUCUCUCGUAGAUUCUCUAUGGGGUUCGGGUCAGGCGAGUCGGCUGGGCGAUCAAUCACUAACACCACGCUCAGUAAACCAGUUACUAGAAGUUUUGGCACUGUGGACAGGUGCCGAGUCCUGCUGGAAAAGGAAAUCAGCAUAUAUAGCGAAAAAACAAACGUCCUCUCACAUUCAACUGCUUUUAUUUCCAGGAAAUUUCUAAACAUGUGUAAAAGCAUAAAUAUGAGACAAACUGAUGACGUUUCACAGACAUUUAAUGAACAGAAAUGGAAUAAUGAGUCCCUGAACAAAGGGGGGUCAAUAUUAAAAGUAACAGUCAGUAUCUGGUGUCCUCCAGCUGCUUUAAGUACUACAGUGCGUCUCAUCCUCAUGGACUGAACCAGAUUUGUCAGUUCUUGCUGUGAGAUGUGAGACGUUCCCCCACUCUUCCACCAAGGCAUUUGCAAGUUCUUGAUCAUGUCUGGAGGGACACACGGUUACAUGUAAUUUUCCACCGCGAGGGCGAUCAGCUGUCCUUCCUGUCUCCCUGUAGCACCGUCUUAGACGUCUUACAUUACAGACAUUACAGUUUAUUGCUCUGGACACAUCUGCAGUCCUCACGCCUCCCUGCAGCAGGUCUAUGGCAUGUUCACGCAGGUGAGCAGGAACACUAGACAUCUUUCUUUCUGGUGUUUUUCAGAGUCACCUUGACCUUAAUUGCCUACUGCCUGUAUACUGUUCGUGUCUUAAGGACUGUUCCACAGGUGCACAGGUUCCACAACCAUGACUUCCUGUUUCACAGGGGUAUAAAUAUGAGGUAACACAAUUAGGCCAGAUUCCCUUAGUCAUUCAUAACAAUGGGUAAGACCAAGGAAUAUAGCUGUGAUGUGCGGCAAAAGGUUGUUGCGCUUCAAAAAAAUGGGAAGUGGCUAUAAGAAAAUAGCACAAGCAUUGAAAAUGCCCAAAGUAUAUGCCCAUAUAUAACAAUUUGCCUUUUUUUUUUUUAUAUAAUCAUUUAUAAUAAAUUAUAAAACUGUUUAAAAACCAUCCUGACACAAAUUCACUUUUUUUUCCCCCGCCUCAAGUUAUUUUACUGAAGUAACAUGAUCAGAGAUCAGCUGAUGUUCUCAAUAUUUUUCCUCACCUUCCCUUAAAUCAUGUGUUGAAUACGCAAAUUAGAAACUUAUUUGGAAAGGAUUCAAAACUGCUGGAGUGACGAUUUUUUAUAUUUUAGCCUCUGCUCACUGACCUUUAUAUAGCCAAAGAGAUUUAUCCAUAUAAACAUGUUUAAAUAGACUUCAGGAUGAAACGAGAGCUUAAAAGCAAAACCUUCUAAACAUACGACGAGAAAUGGUUAUUGUGUCAUAAAACACAAGAGCCAAUCAGGUUUCAGUAUGCAAAUAUAGGUUUUGGCACUGAUUGACCAGGGGAAAGUUGCUGGAUGUGUAGAGUUGGAUCUGCCUUCAGUGUCAUUUUUUUUUUCUUCAGGAAAUUAUUAAUAUAGAAAAAAUGUAUUGUUUAUGAAAUAUGGUGUACUGUAAAUGGUCGCUCAUCCCAGCCUUAAGCUUCCAAAGUUCUAAUGUGUCUAAUGUGCACCAUGUCUAAAGCAUAAGCUUUGCUACAUAAAUUAGGAGGUUUGAAAGAAGAUUGCAAUAAAAAAAAAAAAACGUUUGCUGGGAUCCAAAAAAUGUGAAGUGACUGGAGCAGCAGAGGCCAUCUUUCAUCCUGUGAUCAUAAUCUGUACAAACAAGAAACCCUGCAGUUUCAGCACAGUGUGUUACCUCAUGAGGGUCAGCGAGAGAAGAAUAUCCCGGAAAAAAAUCAAGAGAAACCUGAAAUCUCCAAAUGACGUUUGAUAUAAUUUGGAUUUAAUGAACAGAUAAUGCAGUCAUUAUGUGGGUCGGCCUCACACACUCGAGUUGACAGUUCCUGUAGGGGUUUCGGAUGAAUUGCAGUGUUUACCUCGUUUACCACCUCAAAAAUAAAUGAAUCGGUAUCUCUAUAAACGGUAUGAUGUUUGUGCAUGUUGGUCAUCUCUAGUACUCUCCACACACAAGUGCUUAUUGUUUACCGCUCCAUCGCUCGCAAUGUAUCAGCCCUGAGAUGAGAAAUGAGCGAUUCGUGAAGAAAUUGAUUCUUGAAUGACUCGUUUGAGUCAUUGCUUUCAUUUGAUUACUGUAGGCGAGUCAAACAAACUCAUCCUUAAUGUAGUUUGAUCUUACUGUUUUAUUUUUUGAUUAUCUUCUUUAUUUCUGUAAAGCACUUUGAGUUGCACUGAUUAAAAGUUAGUAUUAUUGACUAGUUGAGCUGCAUCGUGGUUUGUUUCAAAGAAUCGAUUCAGUGAAAUGACUCGUAACCAACGUCUCGACGAAGAGAACGAAUCAGCGGUCUGAGCAGCGGGACUCCGGGUUAAUGAGCUCCAUCCUCCUCAUAACGCAGAUUUAUCCCAGAGCUCCUGGAUAGACUGAGCUCUGAAAGCCAAUCAGAAGUGUUGUUCUUCGCUUAGGUCAGGGCUAUAAAAUAAAAUAAAAUAUAGAAAACAUAAUUUGACUGUUUGUAGCCUGAAACAGCAGAAGCGACGUGCACAUCCACUUUCUUUGUGUGAUUUCUUGUUCUCGGAAUAUAUAUCCGAUGGAUUUUUGAUAGAUCAGACACUGAGGUUAAGGGUUCUGCAGUCUCGGAGGAAACCCAUCAAACCUGGAUGUAGAACCCUACCGACAAGCUUUCGCAUUUCAGACAGGGUUCCUAGCAGAACCCCAGUAGGAAGCUGUGAACCCUCAGAUGACGGUGACGUACACGGCACGUGUGGCGAACGCUCGCUUCUGCGGCUUCUCCAAGCUUCUGCUGGCCUGGAAGGGGAGCAUCUAUAAAGUUCUCUACAAGGAGUUUCUGGCUUUUUUCGCCAUGUAUACUGCCAUCAGCAUCACAUACAGAUUCAUUCUUGUGGAUCAGCAGAAGCGACACUUCGAAAAACUCUCAAUUUACUGCAACCAUUACGCCAGCCUCAUCCCAAUGUCUUUUGUCUUGGGUUUCUACGUGACAGUGAUAGUGAACCGCUGGUGGAGUCAGUACACGUCGAUCCCGUUGCCGGACCGGGUGAUGUGCGUGCUCUCGGGCGGUGUGCAAGGCGGGGAUGAGCGUGGAAGGCUGCUGCGGCGUACACUCAUGCGCUACACCAGUCUGUCUGCUCUGCUCAUCCUGCGCUCCGUCAGCACCGCCGUCUUCAAGCGCUUUCCCACCGUGGACCACGUGGUAGAGGCAGGAUUUAUGACCCGGCAAGAGAGGAAGAGGUUUGAGAGUCUGCAGUCUCCCUAUAAUAAAUACUGGAUCCCGUGUGUGUGGUUCGCUAAUCUGGCCGCCGUGGCUCGAUGUGAAGGCCGAAUCAAAGACAAUAACACUUAUAAACUGCUGAUGGAGGAGCUGAAUCAGUUCAGAGAGAAAUGUAGUAUGCUCUUCCACUAUGACAUGAUCAGCGUGCCGCUUGUUUACACACAGGUGGUGACAUUAGCGGUGUACAGCUUCUUCCUGGUGUGUCUGAUUGGCCGGCAGUUUCUGGACCCGAGUCAGGGUUACCCGGGUCACGACCUCGACCUCUACGUCCCCAUCUUCACCCUUCUCCAGUUCUUCUUCUACGCAGGCUGGCUCAAGGUAGCCGAACAGCUGAUCAACCCGUUUGGUGAGGACGACGAUGAUUUCGAAACCAACUGGCUCAUAGACAGGAACUUCCAGGUAUCGAUGAUGGCAGUAGAUGAAAUGUAUGGGGAUUUACCCAAAAUGGAGAGGGAUCGCUACUGGAACGAUUCAAACCCUCGGCCGCCCUACACCGCCGCCACGCUGUUCGUCCUCCGCAAACCCUCCUUCCAGGGCUCCACCUUCGACAUGGCAAUUUCUAAGGAAGAGAUGCAUUUCCAGCCUCUGGAAGAAAUUGAUGAGAACCUGGAAGAAUCCGCGACGCGCAAUCACAACCUCGCUCUGUUCAACCGACUCCUUAGCUCCGCCCCUUCUGCCACCAGCAUUGUGGGCGGAGCCUUCUGCAGAACCUCUACUCAGCUGCAGCGAUUGAUGCGCUCGGUCAACCCCGACACCUCCUACUCUGACGGGGAGGAGGGGGAGGGGGAAAGGUACGUCGGGCGGAACGAGGGUGCGGGAGGAUCGCUGCCGUCGGGUUUAGGAAACGACACCCAGAGCACCAUUUGCAUCUGUGGAGAAACCUCCAAGACGCACACUCCUCUCUCGGCACAGGAUUUUAACCCGAACGGCGGACGUGUGGAAGACGGGUUGAAGAAAGAUAAGAAUGAGAAAGAAUUGACGAUGCUGAAGAUACCUCCACCUUUAACACAAGUGCUGAAGCAGGAAAUGAAGCCAAGGCUUCCACCUUCAACCAACACCAACCGCUCCACACCAGACUUCUUCUCCUUCCAGCCAAUCGGAGACCAGGUCAUGACCCCACAGUCGACCGAUGAUAAUGCGCUGUCGGGUAUGACGCUCUUGACCGUUCCGACAUUUCCUGAAGCGCCACAACGGGCUUCUGCGGAACGCAAACAGCUCCAGCGCAGCAUCAGCGUUGGCUCAGAGGUUAACUGCUUGUCCGACAAGGCCGAGGAAUGACAGAGAGACGUUUCACCUUUUGCUUCAGGUU